GAUUAGCAGCCUAGUGGGCUAGUGGCUACUGGCGAGCGCUGCAUCUUGCACGGCCGGCCGCACCAGCGGAUCGGACGGUGGCGGCCUGGAGUCUGGAGAUCGGAGCAACGGUGAGACAGCAACAGAAUAUGUACGAAUUCAGUAAGACCGUCGUCGGACGGGACGUACAGCCGGCUCCCUCCCAGUGAUCGUGGACGCCGGACCGGAUCGGAUGGCAGCAGAGAACAUUAACGCCCCCGGCCGGCACCGUGGCAUCUGCUUUAUAUAGCUCAGAGACCUCAAGAGCAAUGCCACACCGCUGGUAGCUCACCUAGAACAAAUCUGCACCGGCCUUGCGUCGUCGUUGCACAGUGCAGAAUUUACUCUGCUGCCAGCUGCGUCCCUGCUUCUUCCUCUUCGUCUCCGUCUCUGGCGGCGAUAUGCGCGCGGAGGUGCUGGUGCUCGCCGUGCUCGUCGCGGCCGCGGCCUUCCUGUCUCUCGACUCGCUCAGCGACGUCAGGCGGCUCGAGAUAGGGAACGGCGACGACGUCGAGCUGGUCCCGCUACUCGACGGCGCCGCGGGGCCCGAGAGCAUCGCCUUCGACGAGAGCGGCGGCGGGCCGUACACGAGCGUGUCGGACGGGCGGGUCCUCAGGUGGCUGCCGGAGGAGCGGCGGUGGGUGGAGCACUCCUGCUCGGCGCCGGAGCUGAGAGUUGCGUAUCUUUCGAUUAAGAAGAAGAAUAAACGUUUGUACAACGCGGGCCUUUCGGACGCAUGCACACGGCUGGGCAGUUGCAAAGGCUCUCAGGACCCGGGCCGGAAGCACGAGUGCGGGCGCCCACUGGGCCUCAAGUUCAACAGCGAGACGGGGGAGUUGUACGUCGCGGACGCGUACCAUGGGCUGGGAGUUGUACCACCUCGUGUUAAUGACACCCUAAAGAUACCAAUGAGAAGUGACACCGAAGCACCUGAAGGGGAAUUCUUGGAACUAUUAGAAGGACCUUCGGAAUUUGAGGAGAUCGUUGAAUUGAUCCCCUGUGAAGCCAGUCCGUCAGACAAUGCUAACAUUUUUACAGAUCAAGGCAAGCCCCGGUGCAUUUAUACCUAUCUACUUUGGAGAGUGGUCGGGCCGGAGGAUCACGUGUCCAGACCGCUGCUGGUGCUGCCGGAGUGGCAAGGGAGCCGCCGCCACCGCCCGUUCAGCUUCGCCAACGGCGUCGAGAUCGACCACGAAACCGGAGCCAUCUACUUCACCGAGACCAGCACAAGGUUUCAGAGGAGGUGA